GUAGACAGUAUAAAUAUCGUGUCCCAAAACGGCCUGGAUACUCUGAAAGCAGGCAGACAAUCUGAUGGCGACUUACACAGCACUUAUGCUUUUGGCCCUUGCAGUGGCAGUGGCUUCCUUAGAUCUGCACAGUUUGAUCGAAAACCCGGAUCUUUCUCCGUUUCAAGACCCCUCAAGGUUUAUUUGGACUAACAGUAGUGUUUAUCUUUUACGUGUAUCUGUACCUACGGGGACGAGGCAAAAUAUAUCAGAAAUACCCAUUCCCUGUGUGCGCUCACGAUAUUGGAGUAAUGCAACAGGAAUAACUGAGCGGUCUCUAGAUGUUUAUAAUAAAACGAACCACAGUGAUUACAGGUCCACAAAUAUUUCUCUUACAAAAGAAGAAGGAGAGGAAAACUGGCAAACAUUUCUUAAAGUUUACCACGAAAACAAAGAAUUUGUUAUCAUGAACCUCACUGACGGGACAAAGAUUGCUAUGUCUGCCACCCUGAACUACACAUUCCUUGUACUUUUUAGUGACGCUAAUUGCCUUAUUUUGGCCAAAACUUUAAAAACAGAAAGCGCUCAGCGUCCAUGGCUUCGCUGCUCCAUGUGGCUUACAGAAUCUCGUAUAACAAAGCCACCAAAAUGUUGCCAGUUCAUUUUCGAUCUUCUGUGCGCCUACAACGUUGAGACUGUUGAUGUUUUUGACAAAAAAUGUCUUAAUGGAGCAUCAAAAAAAUCCAAAUCUGCUUGAGAUCCUACGACAUCUCCACUGUAUCGAAACAAUGGUGACGGGAAUGAAUGAAUUGCCGCGUAUGUUUUUCAUCAGUGAGCAAAUAAACGUUUUGGUUACGGAAA